AUGAAACAGAUGUCUGAUAAACGUUUAUCAAUUAGUUCAUCAUUUUUAAUUGACAAUAUUCUCUCAUCGUCUAAUUCAAAAUCAGUAUCUGUUGUUACUUCACUAUCAUUAGCCAAACAUCACCAUUCAAUAAGUGCAUUUCAUUUAUGCCCAAAUAAAGAAAAUAUGAUUUUAUCUCAACUUCAACCUAUUUCAUCCUCAACACCGAAAAAAGUAUCAACUCCAAUAGUACCACCUAAAAGACAUUUUGGUCUUCAAAUACAGAAUCAAAAUAUAUCAUCUCCUAUUUUUCAAACACAAGUACAACAGCAAUCAUCAUUUGUACAUCUGUCAUGUACACAACAGAAUGAAAACAAUUUACUCAUGAAACAACCUCGUAAAGAACGUCGUAUGUGGACAUGUGAUCGAUGUGGUAAAUCAUUUGAUCGUCCAUCAUUGUUAACUAGACAUAUACGAACACAUACCGGUGAAAAACCUCAUGCAUGUGAUGUAUGUGAUAAAGCAUUUUCAACAUCAAGUUCAUUGAAUACUCAUCGUCGUAUACAUAGUGGUGAGAAACCACACAUUUGUGAUACAUGUGGUAAAUGUUUUACAGCCAGUAGUAAUUUAUAUUAUCAUAAAUUAACACACCAAAAAGAUAAACCACAUAAAUGUUUACAAUGUCCAAAAAGUUUUGCCACACCCGGUGAUCUACGAUGUCAUUCACAUGUUCAUAAUGGUACAUGGCCAUUUCGAUGUACAGAAUGUUUACGUGGAUUUUCUAAACAGACAAAUUUGAAAAAUCAUAUGCUAAUUCAUAGUGGACGAAAACCAUUUGAAUGUCGAAAAUGUGAUAAAAAAUUUUCAUUAGCAUGUAAUUUAAGAUCACACAUGCGAACACAUCAUGAUGAAAAUACAUUGGACAAUCUCAUUUCAUCAAUACCUUGUAAUACAAUCGAAGAAAUGGAUAUGGACAUUGAUGAUGAAGAAAUAAACAUUGAUGAUGAUGGUAUAUUAUAA